CUGGAGAGCCUCUCAUCUGCUCGUCUGCUCAGAGAGGAAAAGAAGGAAGGAAGGGAAGGAAGGGAAGGGAAGGAAGGAGGAGAGAAACAGGAGAGAAACUUACCAAAACAGUUUGAGAAGAAAGGACCGGGACAGGAGCCGAACAGAAGGAGAAAAAAGGUUUCAUCCUCUGUCGGGCUCAAAGUCCCAACCGGACCCGCUUGGCAAACGGUCGCUGUCCUACACAAACUCAGUUCUAACUGAGAAAGCUGGGACUCCAGGACUCUGGACCGCUCAAGGGGGCAAACCCCAAAUCAGAUGAAAAGAAGAUAGGAAUGGUUUCCGUUCUGUUUGCGUGACCCUCGAGUACAAGAAACAGCAGGUGGAAGGUCAACCGGGCAAAUUCAAACCAACAGAUCGCAACAGAGCGACCCCAAAUAUCUUUUGCCCGUGUUCUUGGUUUUACUCUGAGCUUUUUUUUUUUAAAAAAAAGAAAACUUCUGCACAGCAAACUCUUUGCAUUUUUAACCUUUUAAAAUCAUUUUAUGAAUCUAAUCUUGUCCCCCUUUGAUUUCAAAUGUAGGGUUUUUAAAUCUCUUUUCUAUUACUUUUUCUACGCAAAGGCCACAAUUCUUUUUUUGCAUUAAAAAAAAAGAGAGAGACGAUCUUUAAUUAUCCAACACACACACACACACACAAGCUGGCAAGAAGAGAUUGUGUUUCCUGGCUGCUAAAUAAUUGAACUGAAAAUUCAAAAAAGAAGAAGAGACGGCAGAAUUGAUUGGUAUGUGAGACUCACAAGAGCCGGUGGGUGGAAAGAGAGGGACGUUUUAGAACAAUUUUUUUUUCCACAUAGGAACGUCAGCAGCAGUGCCUAACCAAAAAGAAAAAAUAAAACCCCAGCAAACCAGCAAACCAAGGUUUAAUAAAGUCUCGCAUUUAGGACUUGUGGUAUGCAUUAAAGUACAAAAAGGACUUCUAGAAACCUGCACAUAAAUUAAUAGGAAUCUUAAUUUUGUUUAAUAAAUAGCCUGAUGAGGAGGAAAUUCUGUGGAACAAUCAUUGCUUAUAACUGAAGUGACUGAAGGGCAUUCAUUUGCCAAGGACUUGUGAUUUAUUGACUCCGGGGACGGUGGUUUGUUGGACAGGAGCAUCGGAGUCUGUUUUCCUCCAAGAGGAAUAACCGGAAGCGAGAUCUAAAUUCCCACUCGCGGCAACAACUCCCUCCCUCAGAAGCACAAAGUUUUCACCGAUCCUUCUCGACAGCGAAGAGAGUCAGGCCCGGAGACUCUUGUGGUGAAUGACUGCCGGGCUGUAAGGGGGUCCCAAAUGGAAUCCGCUGAGUCGGCAGAAGCCAAAGGGGAGGGGGAGAAUGAGAGCCCCCUGGUUGAAACUGAGGCCUCCAAAGGACAUGGGAAAGAAGACCCUGGUCUCGGGCAAGUUGAGGAGACAGUAGCAAGAGAGGUCCCCGUGUUGAAUGGAGAGGAUCAGGAGGAGGAUUUAGGACCGAGCUGUGCGGAGACCCCCACUGCCGAUGCGAAAGAGGGGGCAGACGAUGGGAGCGAGGCCCCACACCCAGCGUCCACACAGCUAGAAGAGGACAACCCCAAAAGCGACAAAGAGAUGCCAGGACAGGAUAUCCCAUCUGAGAGCGCGACAGCUCCGCCGGAUACCCCUGUUCCCAGCCUGGCCGUUGCCGACCCCAGCUGCAGCACCACCACCACGGAGCAGCCCGCGAAGCCCCCCAAGGCUGCGAGUAAUCUGCCGGAGCCCCCUGACUUCUACUGCGUUAAGUGGAUCAACUGGAAAGGAGAACGGACACCGAUUAUCACCCAGAGCGAGAACGGGCCUUGUCCACUGCUGGCGAUCAUGAACAUCCUUUUUUUGCAGUGGAAGGUCAAGCUGCCCCCCCAGAAAGAAGUGGUCACAUCCGAUGAACUGAUGGCACAUCUUGGGGACUGCAUCUUAUCCAUCAAGCCCCAGAAGGAGUCAGAGGUACUUCAGCUGAACUUUCAGCAGAACGUCAAUGACGCUAUGACGGUGCUCCCCAAACUCUCGACAGGCCUGGAUGUGAACGUGAGGUUUACAGGCAUCUCCGAUUUCGAGUAUACCCCUGAGUGCAUCGUCUUCGACCUCCUCAACGUUCCUCUUUAUCACGGAUGGCUGGUGGAUCCACAACUAGCAGAGGUGGCCCAGGCUGUCGGCAAACUGAGCUACAACCAGCUGGUGGAGAAAAUCAUCACCUGCAAACACUCCAGCGACCCCAAUUUGGUGACGGAAGGGCUGAUCGCAGAGCAGUUCCUGGAGUCCACGGCCUCCCAGCUGACCUACCACGGCUUGUGUGAGCUGACCUCCAUGGUUAAAGAGGGGGAGCUGAGUGUCUUCUUCAGGAACAACCACUUCAGUACCAUGAUAAAGCACAAGAGCCACUUAUAUCUCCUGGUCACCGAUCAAGGAUUCUUGCACGAAGAGCAGGUGGCCUGGGAGAGCCUGCACAACGUGGACGGGGACAGCUGCUUCUGCGAUGCUGAGUUCCACCUCAGCCACGCCCUGGGCAAGGAGGCCGCUGGAGGCUCCCCGCAGGAGCAGGAGUUAAAUCAGAGGCAGGUAGACCAGGACUACAUGAUCGCCUUGUCUCUGCAGCAGCAGCAGGGGGGUGCGGUGCUGAGCGACCUCGAGUUGGCACAGCAACUUCAGCAGGAGGAAUAUCAACGGCAGCAGCCCUCGCCUGCCACGCCCCCGCCACAGGCGAGAGCACAGCCCUCUGCUCGCCCUGCCGGGGAGCGCAGGCAGCGGCAGAAGCCAGAUUCGGACUGCUCCAUCCUGUAGCACCGACAACGCCCGGCCGUCCGGAGCUCCCCGUCACAAACUGCCAGAACCUGCCAUGGGAAGGAGCCCCCUUCUGUUCACGUUCAGAGACUUCUAUUUAAAAUCUCCCCUGCUUGGGAACCAAAAACCAAAAUUUUAAAAAAGCAAAACCUUGGAAAAGAAA